UACCAAGACAAAGACCUUCUUGUGUCUCAUUCAGACCCUAAAAAGCAUGACAGGGAAGAGUGUUAUGAAAACAUAUAGCAAUUCAGCACUGCUCAUCUCCUCAGACGACUCUCUACUCGCCGUUCACUGUAGACCAAACCAAGUGUGUCUCUAAGAGCAAAUUUCAUUGAGAAGAUCUCUAUUCUGAUGGGUGAGUAGAAAGAGCAUUCGCAAAAUAAAAACCACACAAACAGAUAUCAUAUCUACUUGGUAGCUUAUCUAACUUUCAGCUAUGAGGUUUGACGAUAUUCUUCAAGAAAUUGGUGGCUUCAACAAGUUCCAGUUUCUGGUUCUAUACAUCCUGUGGCUCCCACGGGUCAUCCUUCCACUGCAUUUCCUGCUCCACAACUUUAUCUCUGGUGUGCCAUCCCACCACUGUGCCCUGCCUCACUUGGACGGCUGGUACACGGGUGCCGCAGAGAAGGACAGUGAAUCGGCACAGAUUCUGGCUUUUGGCAUCCCACGUAAUGCAGAUGGCUCCUAUAGCUCCUGCAAGAUGUACCCUAUUCCCUUGGACUUUGACCCUAAUGGUGACCUGUCCCUACUGUAUGGGAACCGAUCAAAUGUGUCGGUGCCAUGCCAGCACGGAUGGACAUAUGAUCGCUCACAGUUCACCUCAACAACCGCCACCGAGUGGGACCUGGUAUGUGACGACAAAAAGCUAAACCAAGCCCUUGCCACAUUUUUCUUCAUUGGAGUGACAAUCGGUGCGGUUGUGUUUGGCCAGUUGGCAGACAAGUUUGGUCGUAAGCCAAUGAUUCAGGUGUCCUUUGUGGUCAGUGCUAUUUUUGGAAUUGCCGAGGCUUUUUCUACAUCUUACGUGAUGUUCGCCAUAGCAAGGACCUUGUGCGGACUUGCCUUGACCGGGAUGUCUAUCACCACAGUGGCCCUGUGUGUUGAGUGGACAGACAUUAAACAUCGCACAUUUACGGGUACCAUCAUCAGUCUCGGAUGGAGUGUAGGGAACAUGCUUCUGGCUCUUCUGGCAUAUCUCAUCAGGGACUGGCGCCACCUCAUCCUGGUAGUGACAUCACCCUGCCUUGUUGGCAUAAUUGCUUGGUGGUGGAUUCCUGAGUCGGCAAGAUGGCUGCUGGCCAAAGGCAGGGUAGAAGAGGCACAGAAGUAUCUCACUCAGUGCGCCAAGAUGAAUAGAAAGUACACUGAUAAACUAGAAACUGAGACCUUAAAGAAAAUCACCAUUUCUGAGGUCUCUGAAAAGGAACAUUCCUACCUUGAUCUAGUGAGGACACCGAAACUGAGGAAGAUUGUGCUUUUGUCAGGGAUCUUCUGGUUUGCAGUUGCUUUUACCUACUAUGGGAUCAGCUUCAACAUCACUGGGUUUGGUCUGAACAUCUAUCUCACGCAGUUUGUCUAUGGAGUCAUUGAAGUCCCAGCUAAGGUUGGGACCUACUUCACUCUGGAUAGGAUUGGACGGAGAAACGGCCAGGCGUGGUCUCUCAUUAUAGCAGGAACUCUGAUUGGACUAAACAGUUUAAUCCCAACAGAGUUGGCUGCUGUGCGUACAGGAAUUGCAGUUAUUGGGAAGGGAUUCUCUGAGGCAGCCUUUACCAUUGCUUUCUUGUACACAUCUGAGCUCUACCCUACAGUACUCCGGCAGUGCGGCUUAGGCUACACCUCUUUUAUAGCCCGUCUCGGAGGUGCGCUCGCCCCCAUGGUCAUAUUAUUGGAGGACGUGUGGAGCUUUGGACCGCCUCUAGUGUUUGCUGCCACUGCAGUUUUCAGCGGAUCUGUGGUCUUCCUGCUGCCUGAGACCACCAAUGUUCAGCUUCCUGAGAACAUUCUGGAUAUAGAGGAGGGGAGGCACACAGUGUCCACGGAAUCAGAGAGGGAUGUUGAACUCUCUGAGAUGAAUUCUGCGGCUUUACAAGAGAAGGACUCAUAAAGGCAAAUACUGUCAGAAGAACAAUGACUCCUUACAGUUCAACAUCUUCAUGGACAGCUGUGAAUAAAUAACAUCAACUGCAAGACAUUUUAUGGUUCACAAGGGAUUAAAAAAAAUAUUUGAGGUUUCACAAGACUAACACUUACGAAAAAUAACCAUGGUUUUACUACAAAAAAAUAAAAAAUAAAUAUUUCAUGGUUAUUAUAGUUAAACCAUGGUAACCACAAAGUAACCAUGGUUUUGCUACACUAACCAUUGUUUAACCAUGGUAAUUUUGUAAAACUGCGGUUACUCAAUCUGCCAAAAAACUGUGGCUACUACACUUUUACUAUAAAAAAACAAUGGUUAAUUUUCGUAAGGGAAGAAACAAGUAAAAUGUCAUUGAAUUUAAGUCAACAAAUUGCUGUCUAUUAAAAUAAGGUGCUUUUUGUAUUUUAUCUUCUGAAAAUAAAUAAAAUGUAAUGUUUGAAUGGUU